AGCAAGAGUCCUCGCGGUCCGGGUCACCUCCUUCCCUUUGUCGCCUACGGCCAGUUUUCGGACACCUCGUUCCCACAGCAGAGGCCCGCACGAUCCUCCCGGCGUGGGGCUCAGGCUUAGCUUCCUUCUCCUAGCCCCUGGUCUGUCCCACGGCUGCAGGAUGUUGUGAGCCGGACCUUGAGUGAGCUCCCGAGGGCAGAUACCAGGAUGGAAGGGCCCAAAGCCCCCAUAGGGAGCAAGACCACGGCCAGGUCUCUUAGGAAGGAUGCCGCUGAGACGCGCCCGCCUCCAAAGGGGCCGAGGGGCAGGGCCCCCUCCAUCCCUGCGCAGCGGACUCCAAGCAGAGGUCAUUCGGUGCCUCGCCCGCUUUCGUACACCUGGAACCGAGGGGGCCGGCUAAGAGAAUUGCGUGUCAGGUGUCUGGCUAGAAAGUUCUUCUACUUGUGGGUGCAGCGGACCUUUGGAAGAGUCUUUCCUUCGAGAGCCAGACUCCACUAUGAGAGGAGACUCCUGCAGAGGACCUUUGAGGACUGGAAAGAGGAGUGGUGGGUUUUCCAGCGAGAGUGGAAACUGAGGGUCCGCGCCGACUGCCACUACAGAUAUUUCUUGUACAACCUGAUGUUCCAAACCUGGCAGACCUACGUUCAUCAGCGACGGGCCAAGAAGAACAAGUACCGCAGAGCCGAGGACCACGCGGCCAAGCAUAAGCUGCAGCUGGCCUGGAAACACUGGCUCAUCUACGUGGACGUUCGUCGGACCAAACGGGGGAUGCGUGCCUUGGCGCUGGAGUUCCAGGAGCAGAGCAUGCUGCGAGUGCCGUGGAGAGUGUGGAGGCAGCAGGUGCAGAAGGUCCGUGUUGCCCAUGUGAUGGACACCUUGGCCUUGCAGCACUGGGCCAUCAGCCUGAAGUUCUGGGCCUGGGCUCGGUGGCAGGAGCAGUUCCUAAGCGCCCAGAUUGCUCGGAAGAAGGAAACCAAGGCAGUGAGGCACUGCGAAGGCCGGGAGCGACGGAGGGCCCUGCGGGCCUGGCGGGGCUACCUGCAGGGCCGCAGAGAGAAGCGCCGCCAGGACCAACUGGCCGCACGAUUCCGCGGCGCCUCUGUGACGCGGACCUGCUUCUCGCUGUGGCGGGCGGCCUGGGCGCACAGGCGCUGCCUUCACGCCCACCAGGCGCGGAUCGAGGCGCUGGCGGCCCGGAUCAGCCUGCGGCGGGCCUUGGAGCGCUGGAAACACUACAUGCUGCUCCGGGCCGAGCAGGCGGCUUUGCAGGCCAUGGCCGAGGAGCACCACAGGCAGCGGCUGGUGCUCCGCUGCUUCGGGGCCCUGAGGCAGAACGUGAAGGAGUCCCGUCUCCGGCGGCUGAGGAAGAAUCUGGCCCACAGGCAGCACCAGGCCACGCUUUUGCAGAGGUUCUGGCACCGCUGGUGUGCUCGGGCUGACCAGAGAGAGGACGAGAAGCAGCUGCCGCAGCUCCUCCAGGCUCACAGCCACUACCGGCAAGCCUUGCUGCAGAAAUGCCUUCAGCGGUGGGCACUCAACGCCCGGGGGAGUCGGCACCAACGGAUGCAGUACGCCAGAGCCGAAGGUCACUAUCGGGGCAGGAGCCUGUCCGUCCUCUUCGAGGCCUGGAGGAGCUUCAGCCGCCGGCAGCGGGAGCGGAGGGCACGGCAGGAAGAGGCUGUGAACUUCCGCAGGGAUCUGGUGAAGAGACGGGCGUUCGAUACGUGGUGGCAGAAGGCGUAUCGGCAGCGAGAAGUGCGAUUGUCUGAGAGGAUGGCCGUCCUCCACGCUGAGCAGCAGGUGCUCCGGCACUACUGGUCCAGGUGGCGCCGGCGGGCAGCCGAGCAGUCCGUGGAAAGAGGGAGCCAGGCCACAGCGUGCGCCCAUCGCCGCCGCAGGCAGCUGCACAGGGCCUUCCGGGUCUGGAAGGAGAACCUCGAGGCCGUCCGAGCUCAGCGGGCCGGGGAGGCGAGGGCUGCAGCCUUCCACUCGUGUCUGCUCGUGCGUUUGACCUGGAGCAAGUGGCGACAGUACGUGGCCCUGCAGAACGUGAAGUGGGAGAAGGUGAUCCGCGCCGACUGCCAUCACCACCAGGCGCUGCUGCGGAGGAGCCUGACCGGCUGGAUGACGUACCAGGGCAGAGUUCAAGCUGUGCUGUGCCACGUGGCAGAGAGAGAAGAGUGGCAUCGCCGGGAGCUCCUGCGGUGGGUGUUUCAACUCUGGAGGGAGAAUGCCACGGCCCAGGCGGAGGAGGCCAGGAAAGCCGUCCAGGCCGAGGGGCACUACAGAAGAACCGUCCUCUGGAAGGUGGCCAUGCACUGGAGGGACGCGGCGUCGCGGAGGAGGUGCUGCAGGCAGCGGGACGAUGAGGCCCUGGCGGAGGCCAGGAAGCAGCUGGCACGAGGCCGUCUGCGAGUCCUGUUCCAGCGCUGGCGGGAGCGCGGCCGGAGCUCUUCCCAGCAGAGAGCGCAGGAGCUGCGGGCCGCGCGGCACCACAGGGGGAGGCUGCUCGGGGCCUGCAUGGCGCGCUGGAAGAGCUACCACUCGCGGCACGUCCGGAAGAUGCUCCUGCAGCGGCUCGGCGCCCGGCUGAUGGCCCAGAGACUCGGCCGCUCCUGCUUCUCCACGUGGAAGUGCCAGCAGCUGGGGGAGAGGCAGCGGGAGCAGCAGGCCACCGUCCGCGCGCUCUGGUUUUGGUCCUUCACACUGCAGGGAAAGGUGUGGGACGCCUGGCUGGCCUUUGUGCUGGAGCGGAGGAGGAAGAGAGCCCGGCUGGAGCGGGCCGCGCUGGCCUACCGCGACGGCCUGGUCCACGCGGGCGUCACCCGCCUCCUGAGGUUCACGACGGGCAUGAAGAGCUUCCGCGGGCAGCUCCACGCCCAGCGGCAGGCCCAGGCGGCCCACAGUGUACACCAGGUCGUCCGGCGCUGCGCCACCCUCUGGAAGCACAAGGCCUUGGCCAAGGCCGCCCACGCCCAGAGGAGAGUGACGUUCGAGGUGCCCGUCGCCGGCACGCUUUCCCCUGCUGGCAGCGCCGCCUCCGGGGAGGCUGCUGUGGGCCCGGAGCCGUCGCGAGUGCCUCGGAGGCCCCAGAAGUCGUGGGGUUGGGCCCUUCAGCUGGCUUCUGGGGACCCCUACCUCCCCGACCCCGGCCUCGUGCGGCCUGUGAGGAAGCAGCCUCGCCGUCCGGACUUCCUGCUGGACCCCGUGGAGAGGGCCGGCCCCACUGGGCCGCUGCGCCCCAGGCUCUUCUCGGCGGUCUCGGGGCCCCUCGGCUCUGCCCGGCCCGGCCCUGUCACAGCUCCGGGGGACCCAGGACCCGCCACCAGGACUCGCCCCCCAGAGGCCCCCAGCCGCUCCCAGGUGGAGCCGCCCCCGGCGCCCCCCUGCUCUGUAGCCAGUGAGCCACAGCUGCUGGAUGGCCCGGCAGCCGGGGCGGCACCCCCCGAGCCGGAGCCCGGAGAGCCCGGAGAGCCCGCAGAGGUUGUGGCCAGGACGGAGCGUGCCCAGCCCGGCAGCUGUCUGCCUCCUCCCGAGAACUUCCUGGGGACUGAGGGGAGGCCCGCGCGGCGCCCGGAGGCUGCGGGGGGCUCCCAGGCCGACGCGGGGAGAAGGGCUCCUGGCCUCGUGGGGGAUGGCCAGCUGGAGGCUGAGCUGGAGGAGAUCCGGGAGAGGCUGUGCAGUUACCAGGCCAACAAGCAGACCCUCAAGUCCUGGCAGAGACAGGCGGACAGCCUGAGGAGGUGGUUGGCGCUGAGCACGGAGGACCCCAGGCCAGACGAGGAGGAAGCAGGCCGCCAGGUGCAGCAGAAGCUUCACCAGGUGGAGAAGCAGAUCACGCACCUGGCGGAGGCACUGCGGAUGGAGAGGCAGCAGGUGCUGCGGGACACGGCUCGCAUCCAGGUCCUGCGGGCUGCCUUCUGUUAGGCGGGUGCUCGUGGCACCCCCGUGACGUCCAGGGAAGGCGACAUCAGGCACACACCGGGCGGCUGCCGUGUAUUUUUUUAUUGGAAAAUGUUUGUUUGCAAUUAAAUGAGUUCCCGUCCCCA